AUGCAACAUGGCGGGAGAAAAGAGAAAAUGAAAAGAAGAAAGAUUAGCAAAAGUGAUCAGUGUAUUACCAACUUUUUUAAGACUAAGACAUUGGAACAGGAGAAUCAGCCUUCUGCAUCUGCAGUAGUAGAUGCAAGUACAAGACAAAGUCACCGAAGUCAAACAAAACCAUUAGGUUAUUAUAAAGCUCUAGACAGCGGAAGAAAAAUCUCAAACAAAAGAAGACAUUCUGAAUCUGAUGAAGAAAAUGAGAAGUUUAUCACACCAUCGGGCACACCGUCAACAGUGAAAAAGCCAAGAAACUCAAUUGAUACACCAUCAGUAUACCUCACUCCACCAUCUGAGUUCAUACAAACGAAGAAAGUUAGCACAAAAAGUUCAGUUACAUUGCUUGAUGCUAAUUUCAACUUAGAAGAAUGUGAGCUACCAGAACUUGACAAUUCAAUCUCUGUUGACCAAAUUGCUGAUGAAUUCCAACCAGACUGUGAAAUUCAUAAGCAGAAAGACAAUACAAUUAUAUCUGCACAACACAGUCCAAGAGAGUCAUUAGACCUAUUACCUUCCACUAAUACAUCAGAACAACUACCACUAAAAGCAUUCUCAACAGAAGAAGAACGAAACAAACUUGAUUCAAAAUAUUCCAUCAGUUCAUCCGAUUUUACAACAUUUAACUGCCAGGUUAAUCUGUGUGGUGACAUAAAGUCAAACUGCAGACCUAAAUCAAGAUCCAACAGGUGGCAUCGUUACAAAUCAGAUGAUUCUAAUGACUUUAUGAAACACACAGAUCCUGAAAUGUCAAGAUAUAAACCCAGGAGACGUAUCAGUAACCCAGAAGUGAAGCCAGUCACCUUCAAGGACCAACAAGACCUUUACACCAACCUAUUUCCAGGUCAAACCCCUCUUGGACAUAUUAAGCUCCUCCCUCAUUCCCCUGAAGAUGGCGAUCAAACUAAAACUAAAAGAUUCGACCAGCAUCGUAAGAGUUCAGUAGAGGGCAGGUCUGAUGCGCACACUCCAGAAAAAAAGCCUCACCAGAGUCCCAAUCAGCAACCAACAGCAGGAGGAAGUGGAGAUGGCGAGGCCACUACAAAUGAAAGAAAGGGAUUACUGAGUACCCCUAAAGUUAAAUCAAACAUUGAUAGAAUAGCUGGGAAUGUCAAGAAGAGUCCAUUCUUUGAUCGCUACAAGAAGAGGUCAAUUGAAGGACCUGAAGGAACCGAUGUAAUUCAAACUGAAAAUGAGCAAUCAAGAGGUCACGUUGAUGAAGAGGUUAAGGCUGAGGAGGGUGCUACUGAAAGAAAGCUUCAACAAAGUCCCAAUCAGCGAUCAACGGCAGGUCUAAGUGCAGACGAUGAUGCCACUACAAAUGAAAGAAAGGGAUUACUGAGUACCCCUAAAGUUAAAUCAAACAUUGAUAGAAUAGCUGGGAAUGUCAAGAAGAGUCCAUUCUUUGAUCGCUACAAGAAGAGGUCAAUUGAAGGACCUGAAGGAACCGAUGUAAUUCAAACUGAAAAUGAACAAUCAAUAGAUCAUGAUGAUGAGAAACCAUCAGUCAGUAGUGAUAGUAGUGAGGAAGUUAAUGCUGAGGAAGUAAUUGUUGGGAAAGUUUCAAACGAACCUGUGAAGUAUGAAGAGGAGGAUCUUCCACUGAUUGAUAGUCCAGUCAAGCGGAUACAGAAACCUACAGGGUCUCUAGGAUCACAGAUGAAUUCAGUUGAUGUAGAUAUUGAAUUCAGCGAUGUUGAAUUGAGUGAUAGUGACAACUCAGAUGAUGAUCUUCAGGAAACACCCUCAGCUCUCAAAGCAGGAGACCCAACCACCAGUAGUAUCCAAGCCAUGAUCGGAGCUUGCUUAGAGCCUAGUGAUAAUGAAGAUGAAUCGCUUAGUGAGGAAGACUCCUAUCUCCCAGUGCCUGUGGCUUCUAACGACCUUGAUGCGAAAGUUUUUGAUGAUCUCAUCAAGAGAACGAUGAAGUUGAAGACAAUUAUCAAACAGAGGGAGGGAUUUUCAACCACAAAUGGAGAAACAGGAGGGAAUGCUAGCAUGAGGGCAGGUGAUGAGGCUGAGGUUGAAGAGAAAGAGGACUCUCAGUUAAGUCUGAAUGACACAGGGGAGAAUCUUGGACAUGAUAGUCGUGAGAAGCUUAAAAAGUUUCAAGUUGAAAAUCGUAAAAUCAUGGAGCGGCACCCCGGGGAGGAGGUAUUCAGCAGGGAGGUGAGGGAUGCUUUACCAACGGAAGAGUUGACCCUCCAUGGGUGUGGUUUCAAGGCAGGGAACUCCUAUAUAGACAAACACCUGAUGAACCUGGCCACAGCUAAUGCAGAGAUGAUGCUGGAGCUAUUGACGUGUGACAUGAUACAGUUGCUAUGGAACAAGGUGUCUCAUCCUCAUCAGUUACUCAAUUACAUCUUUCGCAUAGUUUCUUCAUGCACAAAUAGUAUGGUGACACAUGCUGCAUUUAAGAUCAUCUACGACACCAUGACAACAUUAUCCCAUAAUAACACAGCCUCAUAUACAUGGGUACCAUCUAUUGGGGAGGUUGUAAACUCACUAUGUGCAAUGGGGGCCUCUGUUGAACAGAUCUGUCCUGUUGAAGAAUUGGUCACCUCACAAUUAGCUGAUAUUACAUUGAAAAGAUAUAUUGUUCCCCAUUGUCCUGUUAAUAAUGACCAAGUAUACAACAGAGAAAACUUAGUGUUUAUCAUCAAAACCAUAACCUUAGCUGUUCAGAAAAGGCCUGACUGCUAUUCAUGUGCCAAUCUUAGUAGUCUCUUUGUCAUAGUGGUCAAUGCAGCCCUAGAUCUGAGACUUAACAACAGUGCAAUCAAGUAUGAUGUUCAAGUAUGUCUUGCAGCAAUCCUCAAUGCUUUCUCCAUUGCAGAUUGGAACAAACAGCGAUUGUUCCUAUGUGAUACUCUACCCACCCUGUCAAUGCACCAUCACAACAGGGUUUAUAUAUGCAACCUAUUGCCCCCAGGAGAGAGGGGGACCUACCUGAGGAGACAUACUGCAUUACGUGUGCUAUAUGAAAUAAGUGGUUGUGACAAAGACUCACAUAGAGAAGAUAUAGAGCUGAGUAUAUUGCAGCCUAUCAUAUGCAAGAUGAAGCAAUCCCUAGAUGAUCUCUAUAAGCUGACCAGUGUACUAAACCUAUUGGAUUUAGUUGUUGGAAGUGAAAAACUCAAUGCCACUCAGAGGGAAUCUCUGAAUAAAGUAUCCCGUGAUAUGAUGACAAUGCUACAUAACAAGAUUAAAGAUGACAUUAGACAGAUGGACAAUACUAGGGUGAAAGAUCACAUGGCGAGACUGCAUUCUAAGUGGAAUCUACAGGCCAGAAACCAAUCAGAACAAACUGUUCUUACGCGCUUCUUCAGUCAAGCUAAGUCCAGCAUGCUUCACAUGGAACAGACUGAUUCUAGUGGCGUGCAAAUUGAGCAUGUGAAAGCUAGUCAAUCGGAUCAUGACUCUGAGCUUGAGAAUGUGGGAGAUAGCAUGGAGCAAUCUCUCCCUGGAGAUAUACAGCCUGAGGAGGGCAGCAUGGAGCAAUCGCUCCCUGGAGAUAUACAGCCAAACAGUGAAAGUCAAAAAAUGGAGGAAUCUCUUCCUGAGGUUAUACAACCGGAGGGGAAAAGUCAAAAAAUGGAUCAGAAUUCAGACAAUGCUGAUCAGAGAUCAGAAAAUCUAGACAAUUAUCCUGAAAAUGUUAAUGAGCAAGCUAAUAACAUGGACAAUCAGUCGAACAAUAUGGACCAUGGUAACAACUUUGAACUGACAGACUCAUCUGUGGGACCAUCUAGUGUCAGUAGGAGUAACUCUUCUGAGUAUGAAAAUAUAUUUGAAUGUGCUUAAGUGUAGAAUAUAUUCAGAGCAUUGCCAGUAUACAUUAGGGCCUAGGUCAAA